UUUCCGGAUACGUCACUCGGGGCUUCCGAGUUAUUAAGCUAGCUCUACCUCUGUGUUCAUGUCGUUAGACACUGUAAACGUCGCCUUGUUGCUCUGGAGUACACACCAAAAGAGACCAUGAAAACGCCAAAGGCUCCUUACACCACCGAAAGGUUUCAAUAUUAAGACGUCGUUGUCAGGAGCGACGGCCAGACUGAGUUUCGGAAUGUCAACAACGCGGCCCCUCCUCGGGAUGAGGCGAGUCACCGAGCUAACGUGCCAGGAGCAGCCGAGCAGCAGGCUGCCUGCUGUAGCUGGAACUCAGCAGCUGGACAACCCCACCGUGGACGAGUUUACAGUGCUGGAGGAUAAAGAAGAUGAGCUGAAAGCUGCCAAGCCUCGAGUGGAGCAGGUUUUUAAAGUAACGUUCACUAUUAUCGGUCUUUUGGACCACACGGGACUGCCGCUCGGUAGCAAAACAUCACGGCAGAUAUGGCUGCAGCUCAUAGGAAACACAGACGACGUGUCGAAGGCAAAGGAAUAUGUUCGGGGACUCUGUGACCCAGAACUUAAAAAAGAAGAGAGGUACCCGGUGGACAUGCAUUGUAUUUUUGCCGGGGCCCGGGGCCUCUUCCUCGACAGGCUCAUACGGGACACAAGUGCUGAAGUUGUGGUGCCUGAGCCGGGCCGCCUGCGGCUGUUGGGCCGGGCAGAACCCGUAGUGAUGGCGCAGAGCCGAGUUCAGCAGUUUGUAGCACUGUUCCAGGAAAAGCGAAGUCUACCGAGUGACAGAGAGCCGGCAGUGAAACGAGCGUUCAAGUCCUUCGUCGAGGAAAGAGAUGACAAGUACACUAUGGAGCUUCUUCUGCUGCCCAGUGCCCUGAAGGAAGAGCUGCUGGGACUGGCUCACAGCCCCACUACCACAAACACAUCUUCCCUGGCUCAGCUCAACCAGACGCUUCACCCCAGCAUGGCGGAGGCGGAGCAAGACCGCUCGCAAAGCAGCACCCCUGUGACGGAACUCUCCAACCGCAUCCUGGGCACCAGCUUCGAGGAGAAAGGGUCUGCAGCAGUGUCUGGAGGUAAAGCAGCAGCAGCAGCAGGAGGAGGAGGAGGAGCGGCUCCCGAGACCGUCAUGCUCAAUGGCACCCGGCCCUCGCACAAGCGGCGCUCGUCCGAGAGCGAGACUCGCGACACAAAGAGACAAUACUCUCUGGAGCGGAGGGAGGAGUCGCCGGAGAGAGCGAGAGAGAGGGAGAGACAGAGGGACCGAGAAGGCCGGGGGGGAAGCAGCAGGUCCAAAACCCCCUCUGCUUCAUCAUGCUUCUCCUCCUCCUCCACAUCCUCCUCUACAGGGAAAGCAAACACUGUAGUGGGUGUGAGCAUGUUGGACUCCAGUGAAGGAAUCUUAGACGAAGGGGAGGCAGUGAGCCCGGAAACCAACCUCCGCUGCCUGGUCAACUUCUUCAGAACCAUGGGAUACCAGCAGGAAGUAGUUGAGCGUGUCGUUAAAGAGAUGGGUCAAACAGAAGACACCUUCCUCGUUCUGGAGAAAAUUGUCGAGGAAACCAAGCGCUGUGAAGUGGGGUCGAAAGGAGGAGAAAGACAAUUGAACUCUGUGCGCCCUCCUGACACCCCUUCCUCAUCCUCGUCGUCCUCCUUGUCAUCGUCCUGCUCCUCUGUGGCUUCUCGGUUCAGAGAGAAGGACCGGGAGCUGAGCCGAGCGCUGGUGGACCCCGGCAGGUCGAAGGAGAACAUCAAGCCCAAGCAGCACAGAGGCUGCAGCAACGGGCUGGGUCACCGGAGGCAGUGCAGCAGCAGCGAGACCAGCACCCAGCAGGCCAUCACUAUCAAGAGGAGCUCCAGUGCUCAGGGAGGAGCGGGACACUACGACGUAAUCACCAUCGACGAUGAGGACGACGUCAUAAUCACCAAUACCAAAACGGCAGAGAGCAGGACGUCCCGGAUGAUGACAGUGCCACACCUGGAAACCCAGUCAGGAUCCAGAACAGACUACUUGGCGCGGGGAGGGCCGGGUGCUUCACAGAGGGACUACCUGUCGAGGGGGGGGACACAGACUUUGGGAGGAGCGGUGAAGGUCGAGACAGUGACGGCGCUGCGCAGCACACCUCAGUGGCUCACUGCCACCCCCAUCUCUUUAGCCUCCAUCCCCAGUUCAGCUCAGCCCAUCCCCAGGCCGUCGUCCUCUGCCUAUCAGACAAUCAACCACAUGGGGUUUCACGGGGUCGGAGCCAGGACCCCUCCUGCCAACGACCCCCCUGCACCCCCUGUGACGGGUCUUUCUCGCUUCCAUCAGUCGCUGAGGACCCCAUACACUCUGAAGCUGCCAAACGAGCCUGGGCGUCCGGAGCUGCGGCACAUCAUCAUCGACGGCAGCAACGUGGCCAUGGCUCACGGCCUUCAUCGGUUCUUCUCCUGUCGUGGAAUAGCGCUGGCGGUGGAGACCUUCUGGAGGCGGGGCCACAGGGAGAUCACAGUGUUUGUACCCCAGUGGCGUCAGAAGAGGGACCGACUCACAACAGAGCAACACUUUCUAAACCAGCUAGAAGACCUACGACUGCUCUCCUUCACUCCCUCCAGAGAGGUGUGUGGCCAGAGGAUAUCCUCACAUGACGACAGGUUCCUGCUCCACCUAGCCGAAAAAACAGACGGGAUCAUCGUAACCAAUGACAACCUGAGGGACUUUGUCGACACCUCAGACACCUGGCGCAAGAUCAUUCAAGAGAGGUUGCUUCAGUUUACUUUUGUGGAGGACCACUUCAUGAUCCCUGAUGACCCUCUGGGGAAAAAUGGACCACAUCUAGACUUCUUCCUGUGUAAGGACAACAGGGCCCCACCCACUCCUCCCUCUAUAAGAGCCCCAGGAUUCCGGCCGUCCUCCCAGCAGCAGCAGCAGCAGCCACUUUACGUCCAGGCCCUCCACUCAGCUCCUCGGACCCCCGCCUCCACGCCGCAACCCCCUUCCUCUUUGACACCCCACCCAUCCACGCACUGGCCCCACUCCGGUCCCCCCGAGUGGCACCCGCCCCGCCGUUCCCCGUCCCCCUCGCCCUCCCCGCCUCCCCAGCGGUCGCCUGCGGAGACUUCGGAGCUGAAGAGAAAGCUCUACGACAUCUUCCCCGACCAGAAGCAGCGCAUCGACCGCAUACUCAGCGACAACCCGUACAUGAGAGACCUGAACGCCCUGUCGGGGCUGCUGCUGGGAUAAAAAAAAUAAACCUCUGAACAUAUGAACACAUGUGCAGAAUAUGUGUCAGCUGAAAAAAUAAUUUAUUUUACCAGUUAUCCCAGCUUGGAGGGCACAGAAAAGAGUGAUUUUUAUUUUCAUUUUGGUAUGUCAUCAAACUAGCUGCUAUCGGCACGUGUAUUUUCUUGAAUAUUUUUCUCUCCUGCCUCUUAAAUUGAUUUAAGUAACACUCACUGAUGAAUUCAGAACCAAAAAUAAAUGUCAAGCAACAAAGUCUAUAUUGUUCCGAUGGUAAUAAUUCAUUGCAGAUCCUUGACAACAGUCCCAAGGUCGUUACGUGUUGGAACAUCAGCAGAAGAAAAACAUUUUGGACCAACAACUGGAGCUCAGCUCAGAUGGGUUUCCUCUCCAGAACCCUGUUUACCACCACACUCUUAACACCUUUCUAAAUAUACCAGCCCUGAACUUUUUCUGAAUACAAUUUGGGACAGGUUUUGCAUGUGUUUUAUAUUUUUAACAUAUUAAUUACACUUGUGAUGUUUUUUAAUAGUGAACUCACUAUUAGGCAGUACCAGGGUAUUUACAUCUGUCAGGGAACCGUUUCAGCUGUUCAGAGGGUUUCUCCCACCUUUUCCUUUACAGUGCAUUUUCAGGAAGCUUUAUGAAAUCAUAAAAUAACUAUGUGACAAUUAAUGUCCAACAUAAAUCCCCAAAAGUCAUAAGAGUAUAGUAGAUACAACAUUUUUUGCCACUAACCAUAUAAGAAAAAACACCUUUUAGGCAUGUUUAACGGCAAUAUUUUAAGGGAAUAACGAUGGGCAGUUAUGACAAUGUGAGGUUCUCUCAUUAUUUCAGAUUGAGUUCCUCAUUUGUAUUGUGUGUAUAUAAACUGACUGAAUUAUUCUCAUUUAGCAUUCAAUUCCUCCAAAUCAAAGCCCCACUGCCCAUCUUUAUUGCUUUAAAAUGUUCCCCGGCCUACAUUCCAAAAGUAAUUUACCAGACUAGAUCCAGCUGAUGCUUUUAUAUACUACAAAUUCUUCCUAAAAUCUCAAAACAACGAAAGAUUAAAUUGUGUAUAAAGUAUUAUUCUUUUCAGGUCAGCAAUUUAGUGUUUUGAGAUUGUUCUAAUUGAUUAUUCUUUACAUUUAGAACCUCAAUGUUGGGCAGAAAUUGGCUCGUUAAUCCAAAGAAAUGAAAACAUACUGUAACCACCAUCUCCAUGUUCUCGAUGUUGAUUUGAGAGACCUCCGGAGCUGAAACUGAAUGUGCUGCUCUGAUAAGCUAUGAUGGAGCCGGGCAGUCAAACUUUGGUUAAAUAUGUUCCAAGCAUUACUUGUUAAAGGUCGAAACCGUGAACUGUUCUCGGGAGGAUUCUGUCACUGUUCUACAUCAGUAUGUUGUUCUAAAAUGUUUAAUGAGUCCUCCGCCUCAGACAGUUAUGUCAGUCCAUAACACUACAAAAGUUUAAAUCAUCCUUUUUUAAUUAAGUUAAAUGACCAACUUUAAAAUCACACACCACAAGGUUUCAAGGUUUUAUUUGUCAUAUGCACAGCAGAUACAGCGUAUAUGUUGGCAAUGAAAAUCUUAUGUCGCGUGCUCCUCCAACAACUCCACAGGUUAGCUUACCAGAAGUUAAUCUUCAGAGACAGAUUUACUUUUGUAAUUAGUGUUAAAUAGAUACAUUUAAUGCACUGAGGGUCCUUAAUGGUGUAAAACAAGGUUUCAUGGAUAAGUCUUCAGAAAGCUUGAAUCAGUUUUAUAUGCCGAGAGAAUGUUGGCCGCAGCUUGCAUAUUUGAUGUGCAUCAGUUUUGUAAAAUACACAGACUAUCUCCUUGUAAGAAGAAGAAUAUCUGCACAAAAACUUCACAAGGUGUCAAAAUCUAAAUUUUGUUCGUACUUAUGUUGUUGUAAGGAUAACUGAAGGAUUUUCUCUUUUGUUGUAUUAUAAUUCUUUUGUGUAUAUCGAUUUUCUUUUUGUAAAUAAAAGCUUUUUUUUUUUGCUACGGUGCAAAUAUGGUGUUAUGUAUGUGGAAAAACUAAAUAAAAAAAACUUCUACAUUC